CUGGACAGACUUUGAGCUCUUAACAGGAACUGAUUCUCCAGCAAAAAGGUUUGCGUUGCAAGUGCCUCAAGCUCAGUUCUUCACCAUGACUGAAACAAUUCUUAAAGCAACAACCCUAGACUAUUAUGAAGGCAUUACCUUUGGCUGUGAUCAGAAGGAUAUCUUAGAUUUUGGGAUGAUGUUCUUACCUAGUUUUUACUCCCUCGUCUUCACCGUGGGCCUGGUGGGCAACCUGCUGGUCAUCUUUGCCCUUACAAACAGCAGCAAACAUAAAAGCAUCACGGACAUUUAUCUCUUCAACCUGGCUUUAUCUGACCUUCUCUUUGUCACAACUCUUCCCUUUUGGUCCCACUAUCUGCUCCACGAGGAAGGCUUCAACAAUGCCUUAUGCAAGCUCAUCACUGCCUUCUACUUCAUCGGUUACUAUAGUGGCAUCUUCUUUAUCACCAUCAUAAGCAUUGACAGAUAUGUGGCGAUAGUCCUGGCGGCCAAUUCCCUCAAUAGCAGGACAGUCCAACAUGGCGUUGUAGUCAGUCUUGGUGUCUGGGCAGCGGCCAUCCUUGUUGCAACCCCCCAGUUCAUGUUCACUGAAAAAGUAGACAAGGAAUGUCUGAGUAAUUACCCUGAUAGUCUCCAGCAUAUCUGGCCAAUCCUCAAGAACGUGGAAAUUAAUUCCAUUGGCUUUGUGAUCCCACUUCUCAUCAUGUGCUUCUGUUACUUUGGGAUCAUCAGGACCAUAUUUUCUUGCAAAAACCACAGAAAGACAAGGACAAUAAAGCUGAUCUCGGUGGUAGUUGGUGUCUUUUUCCUCUUCUGGACACCUUACAAUGUCAUGAUCUUUGUGGACACACUCAAAUUCUAUGGCUUCUUUGAAAGUUGUGAGGUAAAAAAUAACCUGAGGCUUGUCAUAAAUGUGACAGAAACAUUCGCCUUCGUCCACUGCUGCCUCAAUCCCUUUAUCUAUGCUUUUGCUGGUGAAAAAUUCAGGAAAUACCUUCACCACCUGUACAGGAAAUGCCUGUCCAUCCUGUGUGGCCAUGAUGCUCACACUCAGCUUCUCCCACCUGUUGCUCACAGGCGAGAAAGUACUUUCAUAAGCAGCAGCAUUACCAACUAUACAAGUGAUGAGUCUAUCCUUCUCUGAGAGGCACCACAGGACAGCCCCUCCUAGCCCAGUCUCACAAGAAUGGGAACCAAAGAACAUUGAUUGUCUCCUCCUAGGAAGCCAACUUAUACUUAGAAAAGAGCCAUCUUACUUAUUCACAGCUCCUGGGGAAAUUCAGCCUGACCGAGGCAUGCUUAGUCCCAGGAUCUCCUCAUUUCAGCCAAGCCAAGGCACCACCACCAUACUAGCAUGCCACUCCUUGCUCAAGGAUCUCCAAGGGCUCUCUGUUGCCUUUUGAACCAAGUCCAAACUCCUUUUUCAAGCUCUUGAUGUCCUCCAGAAUGUGGAUUCUAACUUUCACUAGCCAGUUUAAUUUUCCAUUGCCUACCAGCAUAACCUAGGGACAGGCUGAUACAGUAGAUAAAGCCUUGCCUUGGAGGCAGACAGCCCUAACUUUGAAUCUCACGUUGAGUGUUUCUGAGCCAUGUAACUAAGAGAAGUCAUUUAAGAUCUCUGAAAUUCCAUUGCUUCAUCUGUCAAAUAGGAGUGACAAGAGCUCACACAGAGGAUGAUGGUCAAAUGAGAUAAAUCAUAUAGGUAAACCUAUAAAUAAUCUGUAGAUAAGCUAUUAGCAUGAACACCCAAUAUAUCAUGUAUCUCCUCAUUUUUAAACCCUAACCAUUUCCACUUUCAUUCCUUGGCCAAUUUCUAUUCUUUUUUUUUUUUUAACUCUUAGCUUCUGUGUUAGAAUCAAUACUAGGUAUUGGUUCCAAAGCAAGAGUGGCAAGGGUUAGGUAAUGGGGGCUAAAGGCUGGGAAGUGUCUGAGAUCAGAUUCGAACCUAGGAACUUCCAUCCCUAAGCCUGGCUCUCAAUCCACUCAAUCCCUACCUACCUACCUCUCUAACAGUAUUCUUAAAAUGCCUUCUCACUCUCCUCUCAGUAUCUGGAUCCUAUUCUUCCAAAUUGUCGAUUUUUUUUUGCCUAAUCCAGGCAAUGACAAUCUCUAUCUUCUCUGAGAACUUAAUGCUCCUACAGUGUCUCAAGGAAGUACUUUGUCCUCUGUGUGUGUGUGUGUGUGUGUGUCUAAGUGGCAGAAUUGGGAUACACUUUUAGGGCACUGGACACCAAACCCCAUGUCUUUUUCAUUUGACCAUGCUUGAAGAUGAACCUUUCCCAUAUAACUCAACAUUUAUGGUCAACAUUUUUUCCUUUUUGAUGUAUUUAAUGUGUGUAUGAAUAUUGAGAGAUUAUGGUUGAGAACAUGGUAGCAUAGGUGCUCUUUGGUGGAGUUGUCAAGGGUUCUUGGCUCUCCUAUAUUAACUAGGAAUUACACCUGAUUUUCCUCGAAAUAAUUGAACAGUUGUGACACAAUCAAAGGCUUAGCACAAUGCCUAUUACAUAUUAAUUAUUUAACUGAUGCUUGUUUAAGUUAAAUUUACUCAGCAUAAUAAAAUGGCCCCCUAACCAAGUUGGUUGAAUGUAAGAUAUUUCUAGACCUUCCCACCAACUUUUUAAAGGAACUGUCUCAGAACUGUAAAAUCUCAGAAGAAUCUCAUUCAAAAUUAGAGCUAGAAGAAUGACUGCACGUCCUUUUUUUGUUAAAUAAUGAAAAGUCAGGGAAGCCCUUGCUUCCCAGAGAAAAUGUUAUAUUCAUACCAUGGGAAAACUACUUUUAAAAAGUACUGACUGGGGUAUCAUUGAAAGGAAAAAAAAGGAAGUUCCACAGAAGCCAACAUUGUGAAGAGAUUGGUGUUGAAAUAUGUAAAUAGCAAGAAAACCAGUUAGCUUACCAGAGAUGGCAGCAGUCAUCUCGGGUGACUUUCAUUUUUGACUUACUGGACAUCCAUCCUUUGCCAUUCCAGGAAUCUGUGAUUUUGCUGGGGGAGCUUGCUCUUGAGAAGACAGUUUUCAACCUUUGGGAGAGAGUCUGACCCAGAUGUCACAUGGUCCAGGCUUAUUUUUCUUGUGUACUGAGUCGGUGACUUAUUAAGCAACAGCUUUGGUCAAUGGUUUCAUGCUUACACUGACCACUUGUAACCUCGUGACUAUGGCCAACUAUCACUGUAACUCUUGAUGGCAAUGCAUUGAUCACUGUCAACUCCUUUAGCUGGUUCAAGAGUAAUGAAAAUGACUAGUGAACAAAGUUCUGAUUUUACCAAUUCAAGAGAACUCAAACUACCAAAUAUAAUGUAGAAUGAGAAAGUGUAGAAAAUGCAGGUGUAAGUUUAUAAGAUCAUACAUAGACUUAGAGCUGGAAGGAAUUGUACAUCUCAUCUAAUGCUGUCUUCUCUUUUUACAGAUGAGGAAACUGAGGCUUAGAGUGACCAAGGUCCCCCAAUAGGUGAAAAAUAGAAUUCACACCCAGACCAUAUCAUCUUAGAUUUGGGGGGGUGAAGCAGGGGAGAAGGCUGAUCGAUAGAUUUUAUUACAGAAAAUGAAUGCUUCUAAAAUGAUCCCUGGAUAAUUUCUUGAUAGCAACAUAAGCAUGUGAGUGACACUUUGUAUUGGUUUGGCUUUUGUUUGUUUAUUUUAUUAUUGGUUUUGUUGAGAUCCAGUCUCCCUAUCUCACCCAGCUUAGAUGUGUAGCAGUCACUCAAUGAAUGAUCCCAAUAUUUAUUGGCACAAAGACUUUACUCUUCUCUGCUGUCCCAAUCUGGGCCAGUUUGCUUCCCUGGAGCCCCUCCAUCCCUGGAGGCUCAUCUCUCAGACAGUGUGGACACUCAAUCAGUCUUAGUCUUGCUUCAGCUGAGAACUCCCAAAUUCAAGAAUUCUACCAACUUCAACCCCUCUAGCAGUUUGGACCACAGACUAAGGCCACGAUACCCACAGAGAAAUUCUUUAAAUGCUGUUAAAUCGAGCCAGAUUUUGUGCAUGUGUUUCUGGCUUCACCCUACAAAAAUCAGACUUUAUGAAGGGGAAAGUAAGCAGAGAAGGAGGAAGAAAGCAGGAACGGGUCAAAAUCAGAAAAGCAAAAGUACAAGAGGGAAGUGGUAGGAUAGCAGAUUAUAAAUGAAAAUAUUGAAAAAAUAUUAGACAGUAAAGUAUUAGGACCAAAAGGGACCUUAGAGGUCUUCAAGUCCAACCCCUUAUUUUACAAUUGAGGAAACUGAGACUGAUUCAAAAUCCAAUAGAACUGAAAAACAAUGUCUCAAUUUACAGUUUUUAUUAAGUAGAAGUGCCUAGCAAGUAGAGGCACUGAAUAGAGUACAGGCCUGGAGGCAGGAAGACUCCUCUUCCUGAGUUCAAAUCUGAUCUCAGACAUACUUUCUAGCUGUGUGACCCUGGGCAAGUCACUUAACCCCAUUUGUCCCAGUUUCCUCAUCCAGAAAAUGGCCAACAACUCCAGUAUCUUUGCCAGGAAAACUCUACAUGGGGUCACUAAGAGUCAGACAUGACUGAAACAACAGAAUAACAACAAACCUAGCUAGUAUUAACCAACUGUGAAACAACAUAUUUGAAAAUACAUGAUUUUCCUGAAAAGCUCCUUGAGGACAAGGGUUGGUUUAUUCAUUCAUUUUCUUUGUAUCCCUGGUGCCUAGCACAGUGUUUAAAAAAUAGUAGUCAAUUAAUAAAUGUUUAGGGAUUGAUUAAGCAAAUAUAUAUGCAAAAACAAUGUGUAGAAGGGUGAUUUGGUUAUUAUUUUGCUAUAGUCAAUAUAUUCUUUUUCCUAUAAAAAUGCUGGAAAGAAUGAAAGUUAAUAUUUUUUCAUGUAACUGUUUUUUAACUGCAUUACAAUGUAUUUAACAAUGAUUACUAAAUUACUAAUAAAAUUAUUUGAAGUUGAAA